GAUCCUGUUUAUGUUUUAAUAUUGCCAUCCCCGACACGAGUUUUAAAUGGACGAAGAUUACUCUUCUAAUAUUUCAUUGAAUCUGUCAACCGACUUUUUUUCUUCUGUCCUCACCAAAAAGAAAAAAGGUUUUAGAGCAGAGCCAAGAGAGAAAGAGGGAAAUUCUUCCCAUGGACCUGACACAAGCCAGUCACCUAUCAGACGUGAAAGACAGAAUAGCAAAAGGAAAAGGACUGAACACACAGACAAUAAACAGAUUAGCAAAAGGAAAAGGACUGAACACACAGACAAUAGGAUCAUUGGGAAGAAGAGUGACAUCAUCUCAUCCUUGUUUAGGAAAAACCCAGAAAUACCUACCAUUACCAGUGCUGCAGUAGAAACUGUCAAGGAAAAUGUCUUCACAGGCCAGACGUUCAAAGAUCUACCCAUUCACCCAUUUCUGGUAAGCAACCUAGAGCAGAAGCAAGGCUUCACUUACCUGACAGAGGUCCAGAAAAAAGCUAUACCUGCUCUCCUAAACAAAAAAGAUGCUUUAAUUAGAUCUCAAACUGGCUCGGGUAAAACAUUGGCCUAUGCAAUUCCAAUAGUACAGUCACUGCAAGCUAGAAAGCUGAGAAUUCAAAGAGAUGAUGGACCCUAUGCCUUGGUCAUAGUGCCCACCAGAGAGCUAGCUUUACAAAGUUACGAAACUUUUCUCAAGCUUUUAAAGACAUUUAUUUGGAUUGUUCCUGGAUGUUUAAUGGGCGGAGAAAAACGUAAAGCUGAAAAAUCUAGGUUGCGUAAAGGUGUAAACAUUCUAGUUGCAACUCCAGGCAGGUUGAUAGAUCACAUCAAGACAACACAAGUCCUACGGCUGGCUAGGAUACAAUGGUUGGUUAUUGAUGAGGCUGACAGGAUGCUAGAACUGGGUUAUGAGAAAGACAUGGCCCAAAUUUUAAAUGCUCUGCGAGCCCAAUGUACAGAUCCCCCACAAACAGUUUUGUUGUCAGCCACACUCUCUCAAGGUGUGGAGAGACUAUCUAGCAUCAGUCUAACUGAGCCUGAACAUAUUGACAUGAAUCAGCAAGUAGCCAGACACAGCUCACACCACAACCCUGGGGCUGACCCUGGGGCUAACCCUGGGGCUGACCAAGACUUUGCUGUACCCAGCCAACUCCAGCAAUUAUUUAUCCUAACGCCCUGUAAGCUACGCUUGGUUACGCUGGCUGCUUUUUUACUUUGGAAAUGCAGGUACUCUAACCCAGCCAGCAAAAUGAUUGUUUUUUUAUCAACACAAGACUCAGUACAGUUCCACACCAAAUUAUUUCACAAACUUCUUGUCCGCCCCAAAAAUACAAUUGACACCUCAACCACACCUGAGCUGGCAGAUGGUAUUCAGCAAAAUAUAAAUUUCUAUCAGCUUUAUGGAGAUAUGCCUCAGAGGGAAAGGCAAGAGACUUUUUCCAAAUUCUCUCAAGCUGCAUCAGGUGUUUUGCUUUGUACUGAUGUGGCUGCCCGAGGUCUAGACCUGCCGCGAGUGGACUGGAUUGUCCAAUACACUCCACCAGGACCAGUGGUGGACUAUGUGCACAGGGUUGGUAGAACAGCACGCGCUGGCACACAGGGGCAUUCACUCUUGUUUCUCUUGCCUUCAGAGGCUGCCUAUAUACAGGAACUCAAUAAACAUAAAAUAAGUCUGUCACAGCUACAGAUGAGUACAGUCCUACAGCCUUUGGUAGCAAACAUCAAAGACCUUCCACAAGCAGGUCAUGUCAGUGCUAAGCAUCCCAGUCCCAGAACCCAAGAAGAAGCAGCAACAUUUCUCCAGGACAGGUUUGAGGAGCUUGUGCUGGCUCAUAAGACAAUUCAUGGACUGGCAGGAAAAGGGUUCCAGUCAUUUGUCAAAGCUUAUGCCACACUUGGCAGGGAACUCAAGGACAUUUUUAAAGUCAAUGACCUUCACCUUGGCCAUGUAGCCAAGAGUUUUGCCCUAAGAGAAGCACCAACAUCAGUUCAUAGUGUUGCAGCCAGGUCUGGAGCGGAUCACAAAUUGGCCAAAAGAGGGAAGCGACCUCUGACCUUUAGGCAGGCAACAUUAAGUGAAUAUUCUGAUGGCCUUGGCAAUGAUAAGGUCAUGGCCAAGCUAGGAACUAAAGAACCACCAAAAAAAAAAAAAAGGUUGUCAGCACUAAGUAGCUAGUGAUUCCUGGGAUUUUGUUCAGCUUGUAAAAUAAAUAAAUUUGAAUGCUGU